CUUCUCGCGAGAGAAAGAAAAAAACUGGAGUAAAAUUGAAGGGAAUGAUGGUACGAAGUUCUCUUCUCGCGAGAUUUGUUAGCGGCCAUCUUGCUCUUGCCCCUGACAAGUCUCAGGUCGGGGUCACAGGGACGCCAAGACCGGUUCCUGGACCUUUGUUGACCAUGUUGUCCCGGGUAGUACUUUCUGCUGCCGCCACAGCGGCACCCUGUCUGAAGAACGCAGCCCUCCUAGGACCAGGGGUUGUGCAGGCAACAAGGGUCUUUCACACAGGGCAGCCAAGAUUUGCUCCUGUACCUCCUCUUCCUGAAUAUGGUGGAAAAGUUCGUCUUGGGCUGAUACCUGAGGAAUUCUUCCAGUUCCUUUAUCCUAAAACUGGUGUAACAGGACCCUACAUGCUUGGAACUGGGCUUAUCUUGUAUUGUCUGUCCAAAGAAAUAUAUGUGAUUAGCCCAGAGACCUUCUCUACCAUAUCUGUAGUAGGGCUGCUUAUCUAUGUAAUUAAAAAAUAUGGUGCCUCUAUUGGAGAGUUUAUUGAUAAAAUCAAUGAGGAAAAAAUUGCCCAGCUAGAAGAGGUAAAGCAAGCUUCCAUAAAACAAAUCCAGGAUGCUAUUGAAUUGGAGAAGUCCCAGCAGGCACUUGUUCAGAAGCGUCACUACCUUUUUGAUGUCCAGAGGAAUAAUAUUGCUAUGGCCUUGGAGGUUACUUACCGGGAACGGCUGCAUAGAGUAUAUAAAGAAGUAAAGAAUCGCCUGGACUACCAUAUUUCUGUGCAGAAUAUGAUGCAGCGAAAGGAACAAGAACACAUGAUAGGCUGGGUGGAGAAGCAAGUGGUGCAGAGCAUCUCUGCACAGCAGGAGAAGGAGACAAUUGCCAAGUGUAUUGCAGAUCUAAAGCUGCUUGCAAAGAAGGCUCAAGCACAGCCCAUUAUGUAAAUGUAUCUAUCCCAGUUGAGACAGCCAGAAACAGUUGACUAAAUGGAAACUAGUCUGUAUAACAAAACCUUCCCAUAUUGUUGUAUACUAAAAUUACAGUUUUACUUUUCCUAAAAAUGAAAAGCUUGGGAUUUCAUUAAGUGAGACCUAACUAUGUUGGUCAGUCAGAUGUUUCUCAUCCUUACUUUGCAUUUUGAGUUGUUCUGUGAUCAUUUUUAAAUAAACACUUUGUUUUUAUUAAAACUUAUUACCUGACUAAAGUUUACCAAGUUCCAGGUUAAAUUUGUAAUUAGUUCUAUGAUCUUGCAAUAAAGGACAAUUGAAACAGUG